AUGCUUCGGUCUGGGCUGGUCCAUCUCAGGAACCCAGUGCCACUGAAGAGCAUCUCUAUGACCCUUUCCACAAAUGACUUCGUGGCUGGGGUCUCUGCAACCUUAAACUAUGAGAAUGAGGAGAAAGUCCCCUUGGAGGCCUUCUUUGUGUUCCCCAUGGAUGAAGACUCUGCUGCCUACAGCUUUGAGGCCUUGGCAGAACUGCAGGAGAAGAUGAAGGCUCAUAGCAGCUAUGAGGAUGCCCUCACCCAGGGUCACGAGGCCUACUUAUUGGAAACAGACAACUAUUCUAGGGAUGUCUUCUCUUGCAAUGUGGGGAACCUACAGCCUGGUGCCAUGGUGGCACUUACUCUGCAGUAUGUGCAGGAGCUGUCCCUGGAAGCAGAUGGGGCUCUCUGCUACAUGCUCCCAGCAAUCCUGAAUCCUAGGUACCAGCUAUCCGGCCAGUCUGGGGACAGUUGCCAGGAUCUGAGGACUCCCAUAGUCCCUUUAGAGGACCCACCCUACACACUCACCCUGGUGGUCAUCAUCAGCUCCCAGCACGGCAUCGAGAGGGUCCAAUCCAACUGUUCCUUGAAUCCUGUUGAGUACCUUGGACAAGAUAAGACUUCUGCCCAGGUUUCCUUGGCUGAAGGACACAAGUUUGAUCGGGAUGUGGAGUUCCUGAUUUACUACGGGGAGGUGCACAGCCCCAGUGUAUCUGUGGAGAUGGGGAUGCCUGAGAUGAAGCCUUAUAGUUUGAUGGGAGCUCCUUCUGCAAUGGUGAGUUUCUAUCCAGAUAUCCCAGAAGCAGAGACCUUCAGGAGCUGUGGAGAAUUUGUCUUCCUCAUGGACCGCUCAGGAAGUAUGGACUCCCCCAUGAGUAACCAAGAAAUGUCUCAGCUGCGGAUAGAUACUGCCAAGGAAACACUGACUCUUCUAAUGAAGAGUUUGCCUCUAGGCUGCUAUUUCAAUAUUUAUGGAUUUGGAUCUUCCUAUGAAUCAUUCUUUCCAACGAGUGUGCAGUACACUCAGAAAACAAUGCUUUUUGUCUUCACAGAUGGAGAAGUUAAUGACACAUUUAGUGUUAUUAAAGAGGUUAAGCUGAACAGGAAGAAGCACAGAUGUUUCUCAUUUGGAAUUGGAGAAGGUGCUUCCAGCAGUUUAAUAAAAGGCAUUGCCCAGGUCGGGGGCUCCUCAGAGUUUAUCACAGGCAAGGACAGGAUACAGACGAAGGCUCUCAGAUCCCUGAAGUCUGGUCUACAGACUGCAGUGGAGGGUAUCUGUCUUAGCUGGGAUUUGCCUGCUGGUCUGUCUGCUAACCUGUGUGCUCCAGAACAGACUGUCAUCUUUAGAGGUCAGAGGUUAAUAAUCUAUGCCCAGCUGACUGGGACGAUGCCUCAAGCAGAGGCCUCAGGAAAAGUGUGCCUCAAGUACACCCUCCAGGGCAAAAGUUUUGAGGAAGAGAUGAGAUUUUCCCUACAGCCCAAGGCAAAUCCCAGUUUCACCAUUCACCGUCUGGCUGCAAAGUCCUUGAUUCAGAACAAGGACUUGGGCUCCCAUCAGACCUCAGAAAGUGACAAAGAAGAUGUGUUGAAAGUCAGCAUUCAGUCUGGAGUCCUCAGCUCCUUCACAGCUUUUGUUGCCAUAAACAAGGAGCUCAACCAGCCAGUGCAGGGGCCCCUGGCUCAGAGGAACAUUCCAGGUCCUGUGCUAUUAGGAUCUAGGUUUUCAUACUCAGGAUGCUCGUACUCCAUGUGUCCUAUCAAUUCAUGUACAAAUGGUGAUGAGUACUAUGAUGAUGUCAUGGACUGUGAACUAAACAGUCAGGAUCCCCAUUUGUCUAUUGGAGAAAAUGGUGUUGUGCAGCUGAUUUCUCUCCAAAAGGCAAAUGGUUCUUGGGAUCUAGAUGAGGAUUUAGCCAAGGUCCUGGGUUCUAAUUUGGGAGACAUACAGGCUGCAAACCCUGCCAAGGUGAGAUGCAAAGUAAAACAAAGGACUGAGUAUGCAUUUCAUGGAGUUAAGUACAUACUCUUGUCGCCCCUCCUCACAGGUUCCUCCAUCCCCAUGCUUGUACAAGCCACGAACUCAUUCUUGAAAUUGUCUGUGGAUCCUGCUAUCUUGGACUUCUGAGGA